AUGGGCAGAUUCAGGGUGCUCUGGCUAGUUCUUAUGUAUUACGUGCUGUCGCUCAGCCUGGGAUACUUGACAUCGUUCCUGCUUUCCAGAAAGACAUACAACUUCAGGUUUCCGCUGUUUAAGGCUUCUGCACAGAACCUUAUCCACUUCUUGGGAGCAUCUGCUGUGCUGAAGCUGCAGAAGGAAAAGGCGCCAAAGCCAAGCUACUUUGGAUCGUUUCCAUGUGCAAUAGCAGGCGCAACAGACAUUGGGCUGUCUUCCAUUUCACUACGAUUCACAACACUGGCAUUUUACACAAUGGUGAAGUCAUCGUCGCCGGUGUUUAUUCUUCUCUUUGGAUUUGCAUUUGGAAUUGAAAAGCCGUCAAUAACGUUUUUCCUGACUGUGUUUACGAUCGGAGUGGGUGUUUUCCUGACAUCGAUAAAGAACACAAGCUUCGAUAUUGUUGGGUUUUGGACAAUAUCGCUUGCAUCAUUCAUGGCUGGCUUCCGCUGGGCAUUUGUGCAAUACAUGAUCAGGAUCAGAACGGUGAGGCAGGAGGGCAUUUUUGUGACGAUGAGGGACCUAUGCCUGCCGAUAUCUUUUCUGCUGCUAAUGAUUUCGCUGUAUGCAGAGGGGCUGUCAGAGAUGGCAAACUCAAGGUUUUUCAACACGUUGGAUGCAGCAUUGAAGAACUUUGGAUAUAUCUUGCUGUGUGGGAUUCUAUCAUUUACGCUGCUUUGUGCGGAGUUUUCACUUGUCUCUGAGACGAGUGUUGUGUUUCUGAGCAUUGCCGGGAUAGCCAAGGAGCUGAUGAUUGUGAUGUAUGCGAUUCUGCGAAAAGACAUUGUGUUGAGCAGCUUGAACUAUGCAGGACUGAUUGUGAGUAUUGCAGGAAUAAUUAUAUACAACAUUAGCAGAAAACCGCUUGUGCAGGAUGCAAUGAGCGAGCAAGAGACAGAAUAG